UGGACGGGUCUUUUUUUAUUGGCUGAUAGAGAGAGGCGGAGGAAUUGAGAGAGAGAGAGAUAAAGAGGAGGAAAGAUGCUUCCUUUCCAGAGCUACUACGGGUUUGGGAGAGGGGAAGGUUUGUUCCCAGGGAUUGGAUCGAUAGAGAUGGACGGUGGUGGUUCGAGUCUGGGUUCAAGAUCGACCGCCGAGACGAAAGCGAUGGCGGCUUGUAAGAGCCACAGUGAGGCGGAAAGGAGGAGGAGAGAGCGAAUCAACGGUCAUCUCGCGACGCUUCGAACGCUUCUACCAAACACCACGAAAACAGAUAAAGCGUCGUUGCUCGCGGAGGUCGUCCAACACGUCAAGGAGCUGAAACGCCACGCGGCUGAUGCGGCACCGAGUAGCAGUAACAACAUCUGGCCGUUCCCUGGAGAAACGGACGAGGUGACGUUGGACCCGGACCCGCGUUCGUCUCUCAUAAAAGCAUCCGUCUGUUGUGACGACCGGCCCGACCUGCUGUCUGAUCUUAACGGUGCGAUCCGCUCGCUGAGGCUACGAGCUGUGAGGGCGGAGAUCACGACGGUCGGGGGACGGACCAAGAGCGUCUUCCUGAUCGAAGGUAGGGGAGGAGACGACGAAUGCUCGACCAUCCGUCGCGCUCUCAAGGCAGUCCUCGAGAAGCGCGCCGCUGUUUCUACGACUUCUUUGUCCGCCUCGGGCGCGAUGUUGCCGGGGAAUAAACGGCCCCGUCUCUCACGCCAGCUCGGCGUUAGUGGUUUUUAGGGACAAGAGAAUCAACGGAUGAUGUUUGUUGUCUACGGGUGGGAUUUGGUGUGGAGAUUUGGGUUUGACUAGGAUGGUAGUCUACUACCCCUUUCAAACUGAUGAUGGCUUGUUAAUGUACACUUCAGGGGAUUCAUGUAUGGUGAUCGCGCCCGUCAACGUUGUGGAUGAUUGAAGAAUCUCAACCGUUUGAUUUUAUUUUUUU